AUGGCUGGUGAAGCCCGGAGGCUGGAGGACUUGGAGGAAAAGAAGAAAGAGAAGCUGAAGGAGCUCCAGCUUUGGCUGCCCGAUCAGGAGCCCUGCGGGCAGUCUCCGGAGGUGGUCCAGGCUCAACCAGAGAAGCCAAGCAGCAUGAAGUUCGCCUCACACCUGGUGCAUCAGUACAAGGAGGUACACCUCGGGCGCAUGGCCAUCCACACCAAGGGACCGCACAUGAGCAAGCAAGGGGCGUGCACCAAAACCCUCGAAGAGACAGACUUGAAUUCAGCCCUGUCUUCCUCAUUCUUCCACUCACCAAGUGCACCCAACCUGGAGUCCCCCAGCUGGCCCACCUCCACCGAAGUGUUGAAAUUCUGCAAGCCUAAUCAACCAGUGCUCGAGUGCUCAAUGGAACAGAGCAUUUACCAAGCUUUUCCAAGUUCCCCAUAUCAUGAGUCACCAAGCCAAGAGUUACCCAAUGACCCCACCUCCACCGCAGUCCUGAGAGUCUGUGAACCCCCAAGUCAUUCCUGUCCAGAGCCCAGAGAGAAGGAGGGUCCUGGGACUGUAUGGCCACUGGUUGAAACAUCUGGAAACAGCUGCACAGGAGGCAGAGAGAGAUACCAGGACCAACGGAGAGAGAGACCUUGCUCCACCUGGUCAUGGGAAAAUGAAGAUUUGCACCAAAAAUUCGUGCAGUUGCUACUUCUCCAGACUCCUUACCCCAGAGACUACAAGUCCUUGAACUGGGGAAGCUGGGAUCACAGGAUGGUUGAGGAGCAAGGGCAUUUGAUUGAGGUCAGAGACUUAUUUGGCUCAGACCUGGGUCCCCAGGAAGGGCCUCACACAGUCAUAUUGCAUGGAGUUGCUGGAAUCGGGAAGUCCACACUGGCCAGGCACGUGAGAAGAGCCUGGGAGAAGGGCCAGCUAUACAGGAACCACUUCCAGCAUGUCUUCUAUUUCAACUGCAGAGAGCUGGCUGCGUCCAAGCUGACAAGUCUGGAGGAACUCAUCACAAAAGACCAGUCCGCCACUGUGACUCCCACUGGACAGGUCCAGUCUCAGCCGGAGCAGCUGCUUUUCAUCCUCGAUGGUUUAGAUGAACUGGAAUGGGUCUCAGAGGAGCAGAGGGUGGAGCUCUGUCUGCAUUGGAGCCAGCAGCAGCCCGUGCAGACACUACUGGGCAGUUUGCUGGAGAAAACCAUAUUUCCGGAGGCAUCCUUGCUGAUCACAGCUCGGACUGCAGCUCUGCGGAGAUUCAUUCCUUCUUUGAAGCAGCCAUGUUGGGUGGAGGUCCUGGGGUUCUCCGAGUCGUCCAGGAAGGACUAUUUCUACGAAUAUUUCACAGAGGAAAGCCAAGCGACUAGAGCCUUUGGCGUGGUUGAAUCAAACCAAGCACUCUUGACCAUGUGUCUCAUGCCCUUGGUGUCCUGGCUGGCCUGCACUUGCCUGAAGCAGCAGAUGGAGGCAGGGGAAGAACUCUCACUGAGGUCGCAGACCAUGACAGCCCUCUAUCUGCGCUACCUUUCCCAGGCUAUCCAAGCUCUGCCCCUGGGGACUCAGCUGAGGGGCCUCUGUACUCUAGCUGCUGAGGGUAUCUGGCAAGGAAAGACUCUGUUCAGUCCAGGGGACCUCAAGAAGCAUGGAUUAGAUGGGGUCAUCAACUCCGCUCCCUUAAAGAUGGAUGUACUUCAAAAGCACCCCAUGUCUCUCAACUACAGCUUCAUUCACCUGUGUUUCCAGGAGUUCCUUGCAGCAAUGUCCUUUGCCUUAUGGGACAUGGGGGACAAAAGUGACCGUCCUAACAGCACUGGAAGCAUGGAAAAGUUGGUAGAAGUAUAUGGGAUCAAUAACCCGUUUGGGGCACCGACCGUGCAUUUCCUAUCCGGGCUUUUGAGUGAGCAAGGAGCGAGAGAGGUGGAGAACAUUUUCCAAUGCAAGCUGUCUUGGGAGAGAAAGCGGGAGUCACUGCUGCGCUGGGCUGAACUGGAAGUCUGGCGUGAGCAUUACUCUCCGCACUUGUUUCACUGUCUGUACGAGAUUCAGGACGAGGAGUUCCUGACACAAGCGAUGGCCUAUUUCCAAGGAACGAGAGUGUGCAUCCGAACCAGCAUGGAGCUGCUCGUGUUCACUUUCUGCAUUAGAUUCUGCUGCCAUGUGCGGCGGCUUCAAUUGAACGAGGGCGGACAACGCCAAGGAGCAUGCAGGCCUCCGGACGCAGUGCUGUUGAGCUGGGUCCCGGUCACAGAGGCCUGCUGGCGGGUUCUCUUCUCCGUCCUCCAGGUCACUGGAAACCUGAAGGAACUGGACCUGAGUGGAAACAUCUUGAGCCGCUCUGCAGUACAGAGUCUUGAUGAGGCCCUGAGAUGCCCUGGGUGCCACCUAGAGACCCUGCGGUUGGCCAGCUGCGGCCUCACAGCUGAGAGCUGCAAGGACAUUACCUCUGGGCUGAGCGCCAGCCAAACCCUGAUGCAACUGGAAUUGAGCUUCAACACACUCCUGGACGCAGGAGCUGAGCACCUUUGCCAGGGCCUGAGACAGCCAACCUGCAAGCUGCAGCGACUGUUGCUGGAAGGCUGCGGCCUCACGUCUGGCUGCUGCCAGGACCUGGCCUCCGUGCUCAGGGUCAGUCCCAGCCUGAUGGAGCUAAACCUGCUGCAGAAUGACCUGGACAACCUCGGCGUGAGGAGGCUCUGUGAAGGACUCAGGCACCCUUCCUGCCGGCUCAUAUUCCUAUGGCUGGACCAGACUCAGCUGAGUGAGGAGGUGACCGAGAUGCUGAGGGCCCUGGAGAAGGAGAAGCCUCAGCUGCUAGUCUCCGGGAUAUGGAAGCCAAGUCUGAGGAUCCUUCACGAGGUCCCACGUGGAGCAGAGAUGAGCGAUAUGUCCUCACUCAAGCGACAGAGACAAGCAUCAGAAGGCAGCUCUCCUCAAGCAGCACAGGUGAGACCCUUCUGUCUGUCUUCUCCUGCCCCUCCGGGGGACGGGCACAUGGAGUCUCUGGGGACCGAGGAUGACCUCUGGGGCCCCACAGGGCCUGUGGCUACUGAGGCGGUUGACAAAGAAAGGAGCCUGUACCGAGUUCACUUGCCCGUGGCUGGCUUCUACCACUGGCCCAACACUGGUCUCCGCUUUGAGGUGAGAGGGCCAGCAACCAUUGAAAUUGAAUUCUGUGCCUGGGACCAGUUCCUGAACAAGAAUUUCCCACAGCACAGCUGGCUGAUUGCAGGACCUCUGUUUGACAUCAAGGCUGAACCAGGUGCUGUGGCAGUGGUGUUCCUCCCUCACUUUGUGGCCUUCCAAGGGAACGAUGUGGACAUCUCCCGGUUUCAAGUGGCCCACUUCAAAGAGGAGGGGAUGCUCCUGGAGAAGCCAGCCAGGGUGACGCCAUGUUAUGCUGCCCUGGAAAACCCCAGCUUCUCGCCCAUGGGAGUUCUACUGAGGAUGGUCCACACUGCCCUGCGCUUCAUUCCCAUCACCUCCACUGUGCUGCUCUACCAUUACCUCCAGCCUGAAGAAGUUACCUUCCACCUCUACCUGAUCCCCAGCGAUUGCUCCGUUCAGAAGGCCAUAGACGAUGAAGAAAAGAAGUUCCAGUUUGUGCGAAUUCACAAACCACCCCCGCUGACCCCGCUUUACAUGGGCUCCCGCUACACUGUGUCUGGUUCAGAGAAGCUGGAAAUACUGCCGGAGGAAUUGGAGCUCUGCUAUCGGAGCCCUCAAGAAUCUCAGCUGUUCUCUGAGUUCUACGUUCGCCAUUUGAGGUCAGGGAUCAGGUUGCAAAUAAGAAGCAAGAAAGAUGAGACUGUGGUGUGGGAAGCCUUGGUGAAGCCAGGAGAUCUCAGACGGGCAGUUACUCUGGCCCCUCCAGGCCUCAGAGCCUCACCUGGCUCCCCAGCUGCCCUGAGAUUGAGGCACUUUGUGGACCGAUAUCGGGAGCAGCUGGUGGCUCGAGUGACAUCCGUGGACCCUGUCCUGGACAAGCUGCAUGGACAGGUGCUGAGCGAAGAACAGUAUGAGGGGGUGCGGGCAGAGGCCACCGCACCAGGCCAGAUGCGGAAGCUGUUUGGGUUCAGCCGAUCCUGGGACUGGGCCUGCAAAGAUCGUCUUUACCAAGCCCUGAAGGAGACCCAUCCUCACCUAAUCAUGGAACUCUGGGAGAAGUGGGGCAGUGAAGAGACCAGGCCGGGCUCCUGACAAGCUGGGCCGCUGUCUGAACACCUGCUGUGAGUCCCGGCUCUGCCUGAGAGCACCUGGGCCUGUUGUUCUUCGGGAUACAAGUUACCAUCCGAGUUGUCUUCUAGGCCUAAAGAAAACUUUGAUGAUGACGCCUUUGCUGGGCAUUGCCUUGCCCUGCCCAGGAAAGCCACACAGGAACCCAGACGGCCUCCCUUGGCUUUCACGGGCCAGCUGUCCAGAUGAAAUGACAGCAUCUCAGAGAAUGUCCACCUGGAGCUGGCAGGAGUUCUGCAGACCUUGUAGCAGCCUCGCCCAAGAGCCUGGUCCGCUGGCCACAGCAGCCAAACCCAGAGUCCUCCCUGUGCUAUCCAGACGCAAAGAGGAGCAGAGAGAACGUGGGGCUCGGGGCUCUGGCUGGAGAUAGACAAUGGAAAUGGACACCUUGGGGGUUUUGAAUGCCUUGUGAACAGGAACAAAAACAGAUUGGUUUUUCACUUGUCCAGCCAGGGCUGGGGCACCCACGUUCCCCUCAGGGCCCUCCUUGGGUUCAUUCCCAGGGGAACUCGAGCCCACCCACCAACCUGUAGACGGCCAAGAACAAAAAGGGAUGCAGAGGCUCCUACAUGCAGAAGGCGCGACCAAGGGUGUCUCUACUUUCCAGGCUCCCCCAAACCCACAACCCCAGGCCCAAUCAUCAGAGGGGCCAUGAAGAGGGAGGUUUACCCCCAGGGUUCCAAGGCAACCCCUCCUCAAAGACAGCGGCUGGAGGGCUGCGGUCCCACUCCCGGGACAUCCUGUUCCACACAGAUGAGCAAACUCAUGGGAUAAUGCAGAGAUGUUCCCCAAAAUAUUCACAAAAUAUUUGAGCGCAGAAAGUGACUUGGUAACAACUCCCAAAUAAAGUCGGGGAAAUGUCGCGGUACAAACCAAAAUUUCUGGUUGAUGUCAGCAGUCAUGGAUUGUUUC